AUGAAUAUUGGUAUUAAAAAUAUAAAUAAGAGUGAUGAAAAGAACUAUUCUAACAUGACCAAUGAAGAAAAAAUUAAUUUUAAAAGGAGAAUAAUACUAGAUGGAAUAAAUUUCUCACAAAAUUUUUCAUACUCAAACUUUGCAUAUUAUGAAAAUUUAUCAUCUGUCUAUGCAGGAUGUUUGGAAGAAUUAAAUAAUAUUGAAGUGAUGGUGAAAGAUAUAAAUCUGGAUAUAAAAAAAAAAAAAGAAUUAUUAGAAUUAGCAAGACAAGAAAUUCCUUUAUUUUACUUUCCCCUCAAUAAUAUGUAUAGUGAAUCAGAAUUGAGAUAUUUUGAGAAUUGCAUUUUACCAUAUGUUAAUAAGCAAAAAGAAAUUAAUGAAAUAAAAAAACUCCUAUUUAAUUCGUAUCAAAAUUAUGUUAUAUACAAUGAUAUAUAUGAACUAUGGACAGAAGAAUUAGACACUCUACAUAAGUUUAUUAUUUUUGAAACUUUUCGAAAUAAAAAUAAGCAUCUAACUAAUAAAACACAAAGUGACAAAAAAGAGCAAGUUCAUUUAAACAAAAUUGAAAAGAUAAAAAGGAGGAUCAAAAUGCAUAUAUCUAAGGAUAACAAUGUUGUUCUUAAUGAGGAAAACACAAAUGUAAAUAUGAAUAGAAAUGAAAAAAUUAAAUGUCCCCCCAUAAACUUUGACGACUGGAUAUAA